UCGUCUGCAAUCAACUAAGCUUAAUAAUUCGAAUUUUUUGUUUAUAAUUUAUAUUAAAUGCUAAGUUUGCUUCUGUCGUGAAAGCAGGUUCAUUAGAAAAUGAGCUUCCGAUGUUUAAUUUGUUUCAACAGGAUAACGACCCUGCCCUUGAUAUCCAGAAAUGCACAGUGCGGUAACCUCUUCAACCGAAUACAGCCGUGCACUAGUCAGCUACGUCUAAAUACCAAUCAAUCAUGGAGACCAAUGCCAGACAUUGAUUAUUUGAGUGACCCCAACAAUUAUGAAAUUAUAGAAAGCAAUAUCAAAUCCAGAAAAGGAACGGGAAACAUCAAGAUGCUAAAGGAAUUGCUAUCAAAGUACAGCAAUGCUGAAUCACAAGAGAAAGAUGAAUUGAAGCAAAAGCUCUUGUUCGAAGCACUCAAAAUACCCAACCAGUCAGAUCCCAGGCUACAUUCGUACGGCGAUACUCCUCGUAUAAUUGAAACCCCAGGACAAAAGCCAGUCUGGUCUUUCCCAGUACUAGAAUUUCACACAAUUGCAAGGAAUCUUGAUCUUUUGAGGACUGAAAAUUUGGGGAACCUCACAGGUCCACGAUCAUACUAUUUCAUAAAAGAGCUGGCUCAACUUGAACAGGCAUUAAUCCAUUUUACUGUGGCUGCACUGGAAAAGAAAGGCUUCACUCUAUUUUCUGUUCCAGAUUUACUUCAUUCCAGGCUUAUUGAGAGUUGUGGUAUGGAUACAAAGGGUGAAAGAACUCAAGUUUAUAAAUUAGAACCGGAGUUCUACGGAGACGUCUGCCUAUCCGGUACUGCUGAAAUGGCUUUAGCCUCUUAUUUCACAGAGGCUGUAAUACCUGUAACUCAGCUGCCCAUUAAAAUGGCAGCUGUAAGUCGCUGCUAUCGUGCUGAAACUUCAAAUGUCCAGGAAGAAAAAGGCAUUUACAGAGUCCAUCAAUUCACAAAAGUGGAAAUGUUUGGUGUGUCGAACGGCGAGGUGGUAGCCAGCGACGCUCUGCUGGAAGAGUUCGUCGCCAUUCAGAAGGAACUUUUCUCCAGUUUGGGGCUGCAUUACCAACUUUUGGAUAUGCCUCUUCACGAGUUGGGGGCGCCAGCCUACCGCAAGUUCGACAUCGAGGCCUGGAUGCCCGGCAGGAAAAUGUAUGGCGAGAUUUCAAGCGCCAGCAACUGCACCGAUUAUCAGUCGCGCCGGCUCAACAUCCAGAGUAUCGAUUCGUCAAAUACUAUGCGUUUCGUGCAUACCGUCAAUGGAACGGCCUGUGCCGUACCAAGAACAUUGAUCGCCCUGCUUGAGAUGCACCAAAAAUCCAAUGGCGAGGUAACUAUCCCAUCUGCCCUUCAGCCAUACCUCAACGGGAUGGAACGGCUUCGUAAACCAUCGAACCCUUUUAAAAUGAAGUGGAUUAAAUCAAAAUCACCACAAAACAAAGCAAAAUCGAGCUGAGGACGAAAAAACAAAACAAAAGCAAAUAGAUCACCGACUAAUAUUGGUUUUGUUUCCUUCCUUUGAUAGAAUACACGUUGACACACAUUA